UGUUGUAAUUUUGAUAUAGCAUCAGAUGAGGAAUCGGUUGGAAAGAUCACAUACUAUACCAAUAACGAUCUUGGAAAAGGUGCCGAUGGAAUUGUGUUCAGGUAAACCAGCUUAAACAUUAUUGUGUAAAUGUGUUUGUAACCCUAAACCCCUCUUUGCUCUUUGUAGCAAAAAUUUCCUUAUGAUCCCCCCCGAAAAAAUUAAAUAAAAAAAGUCCUUAUGAUCGCUUCAUUGACUAGAUGUUUAUCUUUCUCUACCGCUGUCCUCUAGGGGUUUCUUCCUUUGUGAUGAUGCCAACAAGCGUCCUGCGGCAGUGAAGAGAAUUGAACUAGCAAAACAAAGCAAUGCUGAUCAAGAGGUCGCUUUGCUUCUUAAAUUGGACUACAAUCCCCAUGUCGUCCGCUACUUCUGCACUGAAAAGGACAGGCAAUUCCUAUACAUUGCCAUCGAGCAGUGUGCCGCCUCUUUAGAUAAGGUCUAAUUGAAUUACUCACUAUUUUAUUCUCAGAUUUAUCCAAACUUAAUUAUAUAAGUCUCACAUCAUGAUUAUCUAUGUUAGAAUAUAUACUGAACAAAAAUAUAAACGCAACAUGAACAAUUUCAAAGAUUUUACUGAGUUACAGUUCUUAGAAGAAAAUCAGUCACUUGCAAUAAAUAAAUUAGGCUCUAAUCUAUGGAUUUCACAUGACUGGGAAUACAGAUAUGCAUCAGUUGGUCACAGAUACCUUAAAAAAGGUAGGUGCAUGGAUCAGAAAACCAGUCAGUGUCUGGUGUGACCACCAUUUGCCUCAUUCAUUUGCAUAGAAUUGAUCAGGCUGUUGAUUGUGGCCUGUGGAAUGUUGUCCCACUCCUCUUUAAUGGCUGUGCGAAGUUUCUGGAUAUUGGCGGGAACUGGAACACGCUGUUGUACGCGCCGAUCCAGAGCAUCCCAAACAUGCUCAAUGGGUGGCAUGUCUGUUGAGUAUAAAGGUCAUGGAAGAACUGUAACAUUUUCAGCUUCCAGGAAUUGUGUACAGAUCUUUGAGACUGGGGGCCAUGCAUUAUCAUGCUGAAACAAGAGGUGAUGGCGGCGGAUGAAUGGCGCGACAAUGGGCCUCAGGAUCUUGUCACGGUAUUUCUGUGCAUUCAAAUUGCCAUAGAUGAAAUGCAAUUGUGUUCGUUGUCCGUAGCUUAUGCCUGCCCAUACCAUAACUGACCCCCACCAUGGGGCACUCUGCUCACAACGUUGACAUCAGCAAACCGCUUCGGUUGUCAGGCCAGUUGGACGUAGUGCAAAAUUCUCUGAAACAAUGUUGGAGGUGGCUUAUGGUAGAGAAAUGAACAUUACAUUCUCUGGCAACAGCUCUGGUGGACAUUCCUGCAGUCAGCAUGUCAAUUGCACGCUCCCUCAAAACUUGAGACAUCUGUGGCAUUGUGUUGUGUAACAAAACUGCACAUUUUAGAGUGGCCUUUUAUUGUCCCCAGCACAAGGUGCACCUGUGUAAUGAUCAUGCUGUUUAAUCAGCUUCUUGCCACACCUGUCAGGUGGAUGGAUUAUCUUGGCAGAGGAGAAAUGCUCACUAAUGGAUGUAAACAAAUUUGUGCACAACAUUUUAGAGAAAUAAGCUUUUUGUUUAUAUGGAAAAUGUCUGGGAUCUUUUAUUUCAGCUCAUGAAACAUCAGCGCACUAAUACUUGUGUGUCUCUUCCAGUGUUUUACUAAAGAAAAUCCUUUUGACCUUCACGGACUGAAACCUGUGGAGCUGCUGGAGCAGACCAUGAUAGGACUGAAACACCUGCACUCUCACAACAUAGGUUAUAAUGAUAUGCUGUAUACUGUAAUAAUAAUAAAUAAUAUGCCAUUUAGCAGACGCUUUUAUCCAAAGCGAUUUACAGUCAUGUGCGCAUACAUGUUUACGUAUGGGUGGUCCCGGGGAUCGAACCCACUACCCUGGCGUUACAAGCGCCAUGCUCUACCAAUUGAGCUACAGAGGACCACUACUGUAGAUAAUCCUAGUGAAGUUACGGUAUUUAUGACUUUCAGAUCUUCCCUCAACUCCAGUAGACAGAUUCAUCCUGAUCUUUUCUCCCCAGUCCACCGUGAUGUGAAGCCCCACAACAUCCUGUUGAAAAAAGACUCUGUCUCGUUCACGGUCAAGAUCUCAGACUUUGGGAUGAGUAAGCAGUUGGCGGACGACAGACAAAGCUACAGCAUGAGGUCGGGCGCCCUUGGCACCAUGGGCUGGAACGCCCCAGAGGUCCUGGAUGAGAGCAGGAAAGGAAACCCUGUGAGUACAAUUUUAUGAAUGCCGAUAGAUAAUUUGUUUGUUCUGUCUGUAAAAUGAAUUAUGUGAGAAAUGGCAGUGGAAACGUCUUUAUGCGCAAAUAUUGAUAUAAUAACCAUCAUAAUGAAUUAAACUUGGAGUCACGCGAUGAUAUGUUGUGUGGUCCUCCCACUAUGACUUCGGAAACCAUGCCGUUUACUAGGCUACAGAUGAAAUAAGUUAUAAUGAACUUCACAGGGUGGUGAAAGUGCAUGAUGAUGAGCUUGAUGUGUUAGGCCUACUGCUGCUAGGUAGCUCUCUCUCUGCUCUCCCCCUCCCCUCUGUCUGUCCUUGAUUGCAGGAGUGAAGUCUGGUGUGCGGGAGUCAGGGUUCCAGCUGCAGCUCAUUCACCAUAAUCACCUCAGCCUUUAAGACCCGGUCAAACUUGCCACUCAUCGUCAGAUCAUAGUCAAGACGACCAUGUUAGUCUCGCUGUCGACUCAACCUGUUUGUUUUCGCGCUUUGUGUUUUUGGCCUGUUCUAUUUACUUUUCUCCUGUGCCACAGAUUAUUGGAACCUGACUCCUGCCUCCGCUUCACUCCUGCCACCACCAUCCUGCUUUCCACUACCGGACCUCCCUUUUGGACUCACCACGGACACUACGACAUUACGGUACCACACCUCCCCUUACCUGGAUCUGUUACCCUCCCUGUAACCUGGACUUGCUCUUCCCCUAUUAUUGGAAACCUGGACUAAUUGAACAUUGUAAAUAAACCUGUUAAACCUUCUCUGGCUUGGUGUAGUUGUCUGCAUUUGGGUUCAAAUCCAGUUAAAUCAUGACAGUAUGACCUGACCAACAUGAACCCAGCAGACAGUAGCUCGGAUACCACCCCAGAGUGCACUCAAAUUCAGACUGCCAUAGCCAAUCAGGGCAUUUUACUUGGCCAACAUGAUACCCUGUUUAAGACUAUUGCUGAGAACAGUCAGGUGCUGCUUAAUCAGGUUCAAUUACUCACCAAUCAAGUGUCUGCCCUUACUACCCAAGUUAAUAAUGCACCCCUCGGGCAUGGCAUACAAACUGCUCCUUCUCCUGCUCCACCUGUUUUUCCUACCCCUUCAGCCCAGAUCAGUGAGCCUUUUGUUCCUGCUCCAGAGCGCUAUGACGGGAACAUGGGAACCUGUGGCGAUUUUUUUGACUCAAUGCUCGUUAGUGUUUGAACAACAGCCCCUCACCUACGCCUCAAAGAGCCCGUAUUGCCUACCUUAUCAACUCUACUAGCGGUUCCACUCGUGCCUGGGGAUCCGCGGUCUGGGAGAGUCAGUCGGACAUUUGCAACGCUUACGUUGCCUUCACCACUGAGAUGAGGAAGGUUUUUGACCACCCCGUACGGGGCAAGGAGGCUGCGAAACGGUUGUUUUCUCUUCGGCAGGGGGCUCGCAGUGUGGCGGAGAUGGCAGUGGAGUUUCGGACUUUAGCGGCAGUGAGUGGUUGGAAUGACGAGGCAUUACAAGGAGUGUUCAUCAAUGCUUUGUCUGAGACUUUAAAAGAUGAAUUGGUGUCAUAUGAUGAAUCGCCUACGCUGGAUAAUCUUAUUUCACUCACCAUCAGGUUGGAUAAUCGGGUUCGGGAGCGCCGCCGGGAGAGGAGUGUUAGUUCCAAGCAACCUGUCUGUCGUCAACAAACUCCUCCCCGCAUCUUCCCUACGGAGAAAGCCGUGUCUUCCCGAGUCGAUACGAGGAGCACUGAACCCGACGCCAUGGAGGUGGGUCGUGCACGGUUGUCCUCAGAGGAGCGUGCACGUCGUAUUCAGGCUCGGGUCUGCCUGUAUUGUGGAGAAGCUGGUCAUUUCGUUCCUUCCUGCCCAGUUCGUCCGGGAAAAGGGCCGGCUCAUCAUUAUUGGGAGAAGUUUUGGUGAGCCGAGCAGCGGAUUCUUCCUCUUCUCCCCGCAUUCUGCUCCAGGCAUCCCUCCAGUGGCAGUCCCAGAAUUUCUCUGUUAGUGCGCUGGUUGACUCUGGUGCCGAUGAAAGCUUUUUGGAUAGAGAGUGGGCUCAACAAAUGGAUUUGGAGACUGUUCCUAUGGACUGUCCGCUGCAGGCUAAGGGUCUAAAUGGACAAUUGUUGACCCGUAUUACUCAUCAGACUGUUCCUGUUUGUCUCAGAGUGUCGGGUAAUCAUCAGGAGAACAUUCAAUUCCAUAUAAUCGACUGCCCACAGACCCCCCUGGUCCUUGGUAUCCCCUGGCUCAAAAGACACAAUCCACACAUUGAUUGGGUGACAGGUAGAAUUGUUUCAUGGAGCACAUUUUGUCAUGUGAAUUGUUUGUGUUCUGCUCAGACCCCUGCCAGCACUGUGCCUCAACCUCCACUGGAGUCCAUGGAUCUUUCUGCUGUCCCUGACGUGUAUCAUGACCUGGCAUCCGUUUUCUGCUAACACAGAGCUACUUCUCUUCCUUCUCACCGGCCUUACGACUGCGUCAUUGACCUCCAGCCAGGAGCCCCGCUCCCCAGCAGUCGCCUGUACAAUCUCUCCCGCCCGGAGACGGAGGCUAUGGAGAACUACAUUCGGGACUCCUUGGCGGCAGGUAUUAUUCGUCCUUCCUCGUCACCUGUAGGAGCGGGAUUCUUUUUUGUUGCUAAGAAGGAUAAAACCCUCAGACCCUGUAUUGAUUUCCGUGGACUUAACAACAUCACCAUUAAGAACAAAUAUUCUCUGCCAUUAAUUAAUUCAGCUUUUCCCCUCCUUCAUGGUGCAACUAUCUUUACCAAACUGGAUCUACGAAAUGCGUAUCACCUGGUGCGCAUUCAUAAAGGUGAUGAAUGGAAGACUGCCUUCAACACACCCUUGGGACAUUUUGAGUAUCUAGUUAUGCCUUUUGGGUUGUCCAAUGCCCCUGCUGUUUUUCAGGCACUAGUCAAUGAUGUCCUUUGGGACAUGUUGAAUCAGUUUGUUUUUGUCUAUCUGGAUGAUAUCUUGAUUUUCUCAGAGUCCUCCCAGGAACAUGAACUGCAUGUGCGCCAGGUGUUGCAAAGGUUGUUGGAGAACAAACUGUUUGUGAAGAUGAAGAAAUGUGAAUUUCAUGUGUCUGAGACCUCUUUUUUGGGUUACAUCAUAGCUCCGGGGGAGUUGCGGAUGGACCCAGCUAAGAUCUCUGCUGUCACGGACUGGCCAGCCCCCUCCACCCGCAAACUACUUCAACGAUUCCUGGGGUUUGCGAACUUCUACAGGAGGUUCAUCAAGGACUACAGCCGCAUUGCGGCGCCACUCACCGCUCUCACCUCCAUCUCACGACCGUUCGCUUGGAAUGAAGGGGCCGAAUCAGCGUUCGAAAAACUGAAACAUCGCUUCGCCUCGGCUCCCAUUCUGAUGCAGCCGGACCCCGACCGCCAGUUUGUCGUGGAGGUGGAUGCAUCCGACACUGGGGUAGGUGUGGUGUUGUCACAACGUUCUCCUGAAGAUAACAAACUGCAUCCCUGUGCUUUUCUUUCAAGGAAACUUUCUCAGGCAGAGAGGAAUUAUGAUGUUGGCAAUCGUGAACUGCUCGCCGUUAAGCUGGCUCUCGAGGAGUGGCGACAUUGGUUGGAGGGGGCGGCACAACCCUUCAUCGUUUGGACGGAUCAUAAGAAUCUGGCUUACAUCCAGUCAGCGAAGCAGCUCAACCCCCGUCAAGCCAGGUGGGCACUUUUUUUUUGGGAGAUUCAAUUUUUCUCUGUCUUACCGUCCUGGGUCACGCAACGUCAAGCCUGACGCCCUGUCUCGUGUUCAUUCGGCUGUUGAUACUGGUAGUAACCCUGAACCCAUCUUGCCUCCUACCUGCAGUAUUGCGGCCAUCACAUGUGACAUCGAAGGGAUUGUUAGACCGGCUCAACAUCAUCAAGCUGACCCUGGGAGGGGUCCUCCUAACCGGUUGUUUGUCCCUGAGUCUGCUUGCUCCCAGGUACUUCAGUGGGCUCACUCGUCUCCCCUUACCUUUCACCCUGGAGUUUCGCGGACCCUUGACUUUGUGCGACGGAAGUUCUGGUGGCCCACGAUGGAGGCGGACACUCGAGCCUUCAUUGCUGCUUGUACGGUAUGUGCACGAAGUAAGAACUCCACCCAGGCCAGCGCUGGUCAUCUACGACCUCUACCUAUACCCAGCCGGCCCUGGUCGCACAUUGCUAUGGAUUUUGUCACUGGACUUCCCACCUCGUCUGGAAAGACUGUCAUUCUUACUGUGAUUGAUCGUUUUUCUAAGUUCGCUAAUUUUUUGGCCCUACCUAAACUGCCCACUGCCAGAGAGACGGCUGAUAUUUUGGUUGAACAUGUGUUCCGCUCUCAUGGUCUACCCACGGAUAUUGUCUCUGACAGGGGUCCCCAGUUUGUCUCCCAGGUAUGGAAAGCUUUCUGUAAAGCUUUGGGCAUCGCAUCCAGCCUGUCCUCUGGAUAUCACCCCCAGACCAACGGGCAAGCCGAGAGAGCGAACCAGGAGAUGGAGACCGCUCUCCGCUGUGUCACAGGGUCUAACCCUGGGUCAUGGAGCUCCAUGCUCCCCUGGGUGGAAUAUGCUCAUAACACCUUGACUAACGCUUCCUCUGGUUUGUCUCCCUUUCUGUGUGCUCUGGGUUAUCAACCUCCCCUGUUCCCUUCUCAAGAGAGGGAACUGGCGGUACCCUCGGUGCAGUCCCACAUGCGCCGCUGCUUCAAGGUCUGGAGGAAGGCCAGGGUAGCUCUGUCCCGAGCUUCGGCAUACAUGCAGAGGCAACCCAACCGUCACCGGUCCCAGGCUCCCGGUUACUCUCCUGGUCAAGAGGUAUGGCUUAAGUCACGUGACCUUCCAUUGAAAGUGGAGUCUAAGAAGAUGGCGCCUCGUUUUAUAGGACCGUUCAAGAUACUGUCUAUUGUUAACCCCUGCGCGGUUAAGCUACAGCUUCCUGCCUCCCUACGGGUUCAUUCCACCUUUCAUGUUUCCCAGAUUAAGCCUGUGUCGGUUAGCCCUCUGUGCCCGCCCUCUCGUCCCCCUCCUCCGCCCAGGAUCGUGGGUGGGGGUCCGGUCUACACUGUCCGGCGACUUCUGGAUGUUCGCCGUCGUGGUUUCCAGUACCUGGUGGAUUGGGAGGGUUAUGGUCCUGAGGAACGUUCCUGGGUGCCCAGGAGCUUCAUUGUGGAUCCUGCUCUGGUCCGUGAGUUUCAUAGGUUACAUCCUGAUAAACCCUGUCGGCCGCCAGGUGGCGUCCGUAGAGGGGGGGGGGGGGGGGGGGUACUAUUAGGCCUACUGCUGCUAGGUAGCUCUCUCUCUCUGCUCUCCCCCUCCCCUCUGUCUGUCCUUGAUUGCAGGAGUGAAGUCUGGUGUGCGGGAGUCAGGGUUCCAGCUGCAGCUCAUUCACCAUAAUCACCUCAGCCUUUAAGACCCGGUCAAACUUGCCACUCAUCGUCAGAUCAUAGUCAAGACGACCAUGUUAGUCUCGCUGUCGACUCAACCUGUUUGUUUUCGCUCUUUGUGUUUUUGGCCUGUUCUAUUUACUUUUCUCCUGUGCCACAGAUUAUUGGAAUCUGACUCCUGCCUCUGCUUCACUCCUGCCACCACCAUCCUGCUUUCCACUACCGGACCUCCCUUUUGGACUCACCACGGACAUUACGGUACCACACCUGCCCUGACCUGGAUCUGUUACCCUCCCUGUAACCUGGACUUGCUCUUCCCCUAUUAUUGGAAACCUGGACUAAUUGAACAUUGUAAAUAAACCUGUUAAACCUUCUCUGGCUUGGUGUAGUUGUCUGCAUUUGGGUUCAAAUCCAGUUAAAUCAUGACAUGAUGGUCCUUUCCAAUAAACAUUGAGGGUCUUAUUCUGGUUUUGGGGUCUAAAAAUGUCUGACAACUGUGUGAACUAUUCUGUUAGGUUGCCUGUAGAUUGGAACUAGUAACGAUGGUGGUACUGUACUGAAACAACUAUUAUUAAAGACACUCCUCUUCCUCUACAGACCAGUGCUGUGGACAUCUUCUCUGCUAGCUGUGUGUUUUACUAUGUGUUGACAGGAGGCAAACAUCCCUUUUGGGAACCCAAUCGUAGGGCUGGUAAUAUUGAGGAUGGCAAAUACAACCUCGACGGAUUACAGAAAGACAAACAUGGUAAAGCUAUUGUACAAUUGACAGGUUGUUUCUGAAAUGAUCAUUAGAGUACUACUUAAUUUAAAGGCAGAGAGUAAUUUUUUUGCAGUGGCAUCAUGUAACUUUUGAUGGUUGUGGGUUUUGAAAUUAACAAAAUAUAGACCUAUCCCAUCUUUACUCAUGUUGAACAUGUUUGCAGUCCACAUUGUUCCAAUUAAUUGCAUGGCUUCAAUAUGAAAAUACACUACAUGACCAAAAGGAUGUGGACACCUGCUCAUCGAACAUCUCAUUCCAAAACCAUGGGCAUUAAUAUGGAGUUGGUCCCCCCUUUACUGCUAUAACAGCCUCCACUUUUCGGGGAAAGCUUUCCACUAGAUUAUGAAACUUUGCUGCGGGGACUUGCUUCCAUUCAGUCACAAGAGCAUUAGUGAGGUCGGGCAUUGAUGUUGGGCGAUUAGGCCUGGCUCGCAGUCUGCGUUCCUAUUCAUCCCAAAGGUGUUCGAUGGGGUUGAGGUCAGGGCUCUGUGCAGGCCAGUCAAGUUCUUCCACACUGAUCUCGACAAACCAUUUCUGUAAGGACCUUGCUUUGUGCACGAGGGCAUUGUCAUGCUGAAACAGGAAAGGGCCUUCCCCAAACUUGUGCCACAAAGCGUUCUCCUGGCAUCCGCCAAACCCAGAUAUGUCCGUUGGACUGCCAGAUGGUGAAGCGUGAUUCAUCACUCCAGAGAACGCGUUUCCACUGCUCCAGAGUCCAAUGGCCGGCAAGCAUUACACCACUCCAGCCGACGCUUGGCAUUGCGCAUGGUGAUCUUAGGCUUGUGUGCGGCUGCCCGGCCAUGGAAACCCAUUUCAUGAAGCUCCUGAUGAACAGUUAUUGUGCUGUGUAAAUAAAAUUAUGUCUGAGCCAUGGACAUGCCAAACAUUGUCAAUAAGUAAUAUUACAUUCACUAUUGAUAAGGCCUAAAAAGACAGUGAAUAACUUGAAGAAAAUUUGAAUCAAAACUUAACAAGGACUUGUUUUAAAUAGGUAAUGUCUACAGUUACAGGCACCAUAAUUGCUCCCUCUGGGCAUAUAAUAUUAAGGCAAUGUAGAUUAUGGACGGUUUUACGCACAUCCAAACUUUUCACAGGAGCUGGAUGUAAUCAGAAAGGAGGAUUGUCCACUCACCGUUAUACUGCUCCACAAUUUAAUGUUUUAUAAACAUAAUGGAACCAUUUUACAGACUAUAUUCGCACUUCUCCAGAAAUAGUAGACGGCUCCAAAUUGCAUUGCAUGCGAGCCAUGAACGAUCUCACCAUAAAGCCAUGGAAGGCAAUCAUGCAAACGUAUUUUUUAUUUUAAUUUUAAUUUUAUUGUUGUUGUUUUUUAAACAAAACAAUAUUUAUAAAUAAGAUGAGGUCGGAACCAUUAUAUCAAAAACCGCAUCUCUCGUUUCAUGACCAUAAUGUGGCGUUCACAUACUAUUGGGGUUAUCAGAAGUUCUGACUGUUACCAACCGCGUUACUGCUAAUCUGCUUCUGGUAGGUCUUAAAUCUCCCAUUAGCGCCUCAUGAAUUUGGCACUUUUGCGCUUGUUUUUAAGGACACACCUCAAAUAUUGCCACCCCUUCCACCUCAGUGCAAGCGAGCGGAUGUUAGAGAGGUAAAUUGCCGAACCUGGCACAAGCGGUGUAAAAUGCCAGAGCAACAGUUUUUACAUGCACAAAUUGCCAGAAUUUGAUCCUACUGAAUAGUGAUCUCAAAUGUUGUCUUUGUGAAAGGCCUGAUAAAAUGUUUGAUUAAGCUCUGUCAUUUAAAAAUAUUCUCAUAAUAUUUGUCAACUCAAAUUAUGUUGUAAGCAACACUACUGGGUCUUUCUUCAUUGAAAUCAUCACAUUGGUUCAGAGGAAAUCAUUUUAUCACCAUGUUUUUGAAUGAAAAAAAGUAUCUUGGUUUUAAACCCCCUCAUGGUGACUGUGUGUUUGGUCUUGUCUAUCCCAGAGGACAUCAUGGCCGAACACCUGAUAAAAUAUAUGGUGACUAAGGAGCCCAAGUGGAGGCCUUCUGCUGAGAGCGUGCUCGAACACCUCUUCUUCUGGAGCCUGGAGAAACAACUGCAGUUUUUCCAGGUAUGAAUCAAGUUUCAUUGUUCACAUUUAGAUAUAAUAAAAAAUCAAGUAAUUUUAUUCCCUGAAGAAAGCUCACCAGAAUAACUACAAUGGGGAUACAGUAAAUAUAACUACAAGUGGCAAUACUAUAGCCCUCAUUUUAGCUGCCUGUCUUUCUGGAUUCUCCAUUGAAGCUGUUUGUCCUUGUCAUUAAUGAGAACAUUAUGGAUACCAAGUUUGUCAAACAAUGGAUCAUCUUAAACCAUUGGUUAAAAUAGCCCACAGCUCAUCAGAGGAUGUUCAUUAAGUCUGUUUUUUCCUGGCAAGCUGUAAUUGUUUCUUCAUAUUAAACUGGAAUACAGUGGAGCAGAAACAGUCUGGUACUCAAGCUAGUAAUCGAGGACUCUAUUGGCUACAAAGCUAGAAGGUAAUAAAGGAGAUAUUUGAGGAAUUAAAGCCAUGUUUUCCCCUGUAGGGUGUGAGUGACUGGAUUGAUGGACAGUUACAGCUGAAGCAGUUGAACGACGCAAUCAUUGAUCAGCUGGAGUCAGAAGCAGAAAAAGUGGUCAAGGGGAACUGGAUGAAACACAUCAAUGAGGAUCUGCGAGAAAGUUAGUGUCUGAGGAUCAGUGUUUGAACACCAACAGACUGUGAGGCCUUAAUAUAAUUUACGUAUUGUAUAUCACAGCCACUUUAGCCUGGUUCAACUCAAGAUCGUCAUGACUGGCAUGACAAUGAUUGACAGAGGUGUUGGCUAAAACAGAUCUGGACCAGGCUACACCAACAUCUCCUUUCUUGGUGGAAUCACAAAAUGAUGGCCUCUUGUGAUGACAUAAUUCUGGAUCAAUUCUUGCUAUACUGUAUAUGUAGUUAUCAUUGUUUGCUUACGGGCUGUCGCUCCUCCCUCUGCAGAUCUAGAAAAACGCAAAGGAGCAUGUAAAGAGGGCUCCGUUGAACUAUUCUACGGGCCAUAAGAAACAAGGUAAGUGUGUUCUGUCCAUUGGCAAUGAAUUACAUAAUAUCUAUUGAUAUGUAUUGUAUUAUUCUAGUAUUUGUAUAUUAUCAAAAUAAAAUAAAAUGUUACUGGUCUCGUACACAUGUUGCAGAUGUUAACCCAGGUGCAUCGGAAUGCUUAGGGAAUGAUCGACAUUUACAUAAUGGGUACCAUGCUUUUCCAAUUUCAAACCCUCAAGGGAGGUUUUAGUAUUUUUUAACUCUAGUCUAGUUUUAACUCUAGGGGAGGGUCAUGUAAUUUGUAAUUGAUGAAAUGUCAAUAUUUCUCAGUGUUUUAGAAUUAGUUGCUUAUUAGGCUAUAUAUCGCUGUGUGUCGGAUGCGCCCCUCAUCUCUGAUUCUCCACUGGACGCGCAAUAUCAAGUACGCCUAUAGGCUAUUUAGUGUGGUCUCAAUCAAAUGAUCCACAUGCUAUAGGCUACAAAGUGCAUGCUCGGAGAAGCACAGAGCAAGGUUAUAUUUCUAUGAUAGCUGCUGGGAUGGUGUAAAUAAAACUGGGCUGCAUUACACACUGCAAUGGAUAUUCCAACCCUGAGCCUUGGCCGGCACUUCUGUUAUUGAUAAAAAACGUGUUUAUGUGCUGCCUAACCAAUGGCUGUGCUGUGUAGGCCUACAGUGGCAGUUCAGGGGGAGUCAAAGGCUUCUUCCAAAUUAGUUUGUGUUGAUUAGGCCUAGUCCCAAAAAAUAUUGUAUGUGGACUAGCCUAUAGCCUAUGUUCUGUUCAGUUUGAGAAGGAGAGAGAGAAUAUGAGAAGGAGGACUGAAGGUCAACUUUGAUAGCUUGCUAAUACUAUAAUUGAUUUAUUCAAAACAAUAUGUUUCUUGCCCGUGAUGUUGGCCAAUUUAUCCGACUUAUUGACAUCAUAAUAAGCCAGAUUUGAGUAACUUACAUUGUGGUGCUGAAACUUGAAGCAGCGGCACAAUCAAUCGGAAAUGGACAGCUCAUGGUGCUGAAAAUAGGCACAUUUGAGUAGGCAUUCAUUUAAACUGUCUUAAUUUUAAUUAGACUUUACUAACAACAAGAGGGCUUUAUGUUGGAGCCUAUUUGUCUUCCUAUUUAAGAAAUAAGAGGUAGGUCUAUCUGUUUGACAGACAAAAUUAGGCUAUAGGCUGCUAUAUCCAUAGAUUUGUCGGUCAAUUCCUCCAUCCACCAUGCACUCUUUAAAUAGACUACUUCUGUGUCAGUGAAGAGCUGUUAAGUUAAAACCAAGACUCAAAUUGAGGGGGUAUGAGAUGGUAUGCCAUAGGCCUACUUUUUAUUAAAGAAAAUGGCAAAAAGCACAGGCCUACCCCUUGUUAGUUUAAUAUUUUGAAGAAAAUACAACUGAUCUGAUUUAUAAAGUGAUCUAUAACAGCGCUUUGGUAGAAACAAGCUAUAAAAUACCAGAGAAAGACGUGACUCAGAUGCAUAUGGGGAUAUCAUUGUUUGGUUUCUUUGACAUUCAGAGGCUGAGCUACAGCCUUCUGUAGCCGAGGAGACAAAACAUGUACUUUGCUUGGGAAGUGUUCUAAUUCUGUCACUAUCAAUUGAUUAAGCUAUUCACUUUCUGUACAAUAGAAGAUUUUUAAACCCAGACAGCUUUUAGGGAAGAACUUUUGACCUUCUCUCGUUGGGUUAAGCCAAGGAAGAAGAGUAGCCAGCAGUUAAAGCUUACAUUUUUCUUCGUCUGUAGGCCUGGGGUGGAAUGGUAGGUCUAACUUUUGAAAGUACCAUGCUCAGAUUCCUACUGAUGUCUCAGAUUUAAUUAUUUACAAACAGAUACAGUUUCGUUGCAAACAAGACACACCGCAGCUCAAUAUUAGGAAGGUGUUCUUAAUGUUUUGUGCACUGUGUAUAUAAAUGGUGUGUAUAGACAGUAUGGACAGUAUAUGAAUAGAAAAGGUGUGUACAUCAGUAGUUAAACAGGAUGAGCCUUGACUAGAAUACAGUAUAUACAGUGCAUUCAGAAAGUAUUCAGACCCCUUGACUUUUUCCACAUUUUGUUACGUUACAGCCUUAUUCUAAAAUGGAUAAAAUUGUUUUGUUCCCCUCAUCAAUCUACACACAAUACCCCAUAACGACAAAGCAAAAACGUUUUUUGAGAAUUUUUUGCUAAUGUAUUACAAAUCAAAACUGAAAUAUUACAUUUACAUAAGUAAUCAGACCCUUUACUCAGUACUUUGUUGAAGCACCUUUGGCAUCGAGUCUUCUUGGGAAUGACGCUACAAGAUUGGCACACCUGUAUUUGGGGAGUUUCUCCCAUUCUUCUCUGCAGAUACUCUCAAGCUCUGUCAGGUUGGAUGGGGAGCUUUGCUGCACAGUGAUUUUCAGGUCUCUCCAGAGGUGUUAGAUCGGGUUCAAGUCUGGGCUCUGGCUGGGCCACUCAAGGACAUUCAGAGACUUGUCCCGAAGCCACUCCUGCAUUGUCUUGGCUGUGUGCUUAGGGUCGUUGUCCUGUUGGAAGGUGAACCUUCACCCCAGUCUGAGGUUCUGAGCGCUCUGGAGCAGGUUUUCAUCAAGGAUCUCUCUGUACUUUGCUUCGUUCAUCUUUGCCUCGACCCUGUCUAGUCUCCCAGUCCCUGCCGCUGAAAAACAUCCCCACCGCAUGAUGCUGCCACCACCAUGCUUCACCAUAGGGAUGGUGCCAGGUUUCCUCCAUACUUGACACUUGGCAUUCAGGCCAAAUAAUUCAAUCUUGGUUUCAUCAGACCAGAGAAUCUUGUUUCUCAUGGUCUGAGAGUCGUUAGGUGCCUUUUGGCAAUCUCCAAGCGGGCUGUCAUGUGCCUUUUACUGAGGAGUGGCUUCCGUCUGGCCACUCUACUAUAGAGGCCUGAUUUGUGGAGUGCUGCAGAGAUGGUUGUCCUUCUGGAAGUUUCUCCCAUCUCCACAGAGGAACUCUAAAGCUCUGUCAGAUUGGCCAUUGGGUUCUUGGUCACCUCCCUAACCAAGGCCAUUCUACCCCGAUUGCCCAGUUUGGCCAGGCGGCCAGCUCUAGGAAGAGACUUGGUGGUACCAAACUUCUUCCAUUUAAGAAUGAUGGAGGCCACUGUGUUCUUAACGACCUUCAAUGCUGCAGAAUUUUUUUUAUACCCUUCCCCAGAUCUGUGCCUCGACACAAUCCUGUCUCGGAGCUCUACGGACAAUUCUUCGACCUCAUGGCUUUUGCUCUGACAUGCACUGUCAACUCUGGGACCUUAUAUAGACAGGUGUGUGCCUUUCCAAAUCAUGUCCAAUCAAUUGAAUUUACCACAGGUGGACUCCAAUCAAGUUGUAGAAACAUCUCAAGGAUGAUCAAUGGAAACAGGAUGCACCUGAGCUCAAUUUCGAGUCUCAUAGCAAAGGGUCUGAAUACUUAUGUAAAUGUGAUAUUUACGUUUUUUUAUUUUUGAUAAACGUUCUAAACUUUCUAAAAACCUGUUUUUGCUUUGUCAUUAUGGGGUAUUGUGUGUAGAUUGAUGAGGGGGAAAAAAACAAUGUAAUCAAUUUUAGAAUAAGGCUGUAACGUAACAGAAUGUGGAAAAAGUCAAGGGGUCUGAAUACUUUCCGAAGGCACUGUACAUCUGAAGUUGGUAAAACAGUUUGCAAACAUUAAAGUGACCAGUGUUCAUUGACUAUGUACAUAGGGCAGCUGUGAUGGGUGAUUUGAAGGACUCAGGCGCAGAAGGGUAAAUCACAGAAUACAGAGUUUAUUCCGGAAUACAGAGUUACGCAGAUAUAGCGUCAAACAGUCCAGUGCGCAAAACAGGCGCACUGGAACAAAACAGGCACACAGGGAAAAUAUACCCUGGCAAUACAAAAUACACGUAGCUCAACCGAGCUACUCUCUCCUCACAUUAAACAUUCACCCACAAGGACAAGGGGGCAGAGGGAACACUUAUACAUGUACUAAUGAGGGGAUAUGAACCAGGUGUGUGUAAUAGACAAAACAAAACAAAUGGAAUGAUGAGAUGAGAUGCGGCAGUGGCUAGAAGGCCGUUGAUGACGAACGCCGAAGCCUGCCCGAACAAGGAGAGGAGGCAGCUUCUGAGGAAGUCGUGACAGCAGCAGUCUCUAAGGUGCUGCUACUCAUUUACAUUUACAUUUACGUCAUUUAGCAGACGCUCUUAUCCAGAGCGACUUACAAAUAGGUGCAUUCACCUUAUAGCCAGUGGGAUAACCACUUUACAAUGUGUUUUUUUUUUUGGGGGGGGGGGGGGGGUAGAAGGAUUACUUUAUCCUAUCCCAGGUAUUCCUUAAAGAGGUGGGGUUUCAAAUGUCUCCGGAAGGUGGUGAGUGACUCCGCUGUCCUGGCGUCGUGAGGGAGCUUGUUCCACCAUUGGGGUGCCAGAGCAGCGAACAGUUUUGACUGGGCUGAGCGGGAACUAUGCUUCCGCAGAGGUAGGGGAGCCAGCAGGCCAGAGGUGGAUGAACGCAAUGCCCUCGUUUGGGUGUAGGGACUGAUCAGAGCCUGAAGGUACGGAGGUGCCGUUCCCCUCACAGCUCCGUAGGCAAGCACCAUGGUCUUGUAGCAGAUGCGAGCUUCAACUGGAAGCCAGUGGAGUGUGCGGAGGAGCGGGGUGACGUGAGAGAACUUGGGAAGGUUGAACACCAGACGGGCUGCGGCAUUCUGGAUGAGUUGUAGGGGUUUAAUGGCACAGGCAGGGAGCCCAGCCAACAGCGAGUUGCAGUAAUCCAGACGGGAGAUGACAAGUGCCUGGAUUAGGACCUGUGCCGCUUCCUGUGUAAGGCAGGGUCGUGCUCUCCGAAUGUUGUAGAGCAUGAACCUAUAGGAUCGGGUCACUGCCUUGAUGUUAGCGGAGAACGACAGGGUGUUGUCCAGGGUCACGCCAAGGCUCUUCACACUCUGGGAGGAGGACACAACGGAGUUGUCAACCGUGAUGGCGAGAUCAUGGAACAGGCAGUCCUUCCCCGGGAGGAAGAGCAGCUCCGUCUUGCCAAGGUUCAGCUUGAGGUGGUGAUCCGUCAUCCAUACUGAUAUGUCUGCCAGACAUGCAGAGAUGCGAUUCGCCACCUGGUUAUCAGAAGGGGGAAAGGAGAAGAUUAGUUGUGUGUCGUCAGCGUAGCAAUGAUAGGAGAGGCCAUGUGAGGAUAUGACAGAGCCAAGUGACUUGGUGUAUAGCGAGAAUAGGAGAGGGCCUAGAACUGAGCCCUGGGGGACACCAGUGGUGAGAGCACGUGGUGCGGAGACAGCUUCUCGCCACGCCACUUGGUAGGAGCGACCGGUCAGGUAGGACGCAAUCCAAGAGUGAGCCGCGCCGGAGAUGCCCAGCUCGGAGAGGGUAGAGAGGAGGAUCUGAUGGUUCACAGUAUCAAAGGCAGCAGACAGGUCUAGAAGGACAAGAGCAGAGGAGAGAGAGUUAGCUUUAGCAGUGCGGAGAGCCUCCGUGACACAGAGAAGAGCAGUCUCAGUUGAAUGACCAGUCUUGAAACCUGACUGGUUUGGAUCAAGAAGGUCAUUCUGAGAGAGAUAGCAAGAGAGUUGGCUAAAGACGGCACGCUAUAUUGGUAUAAGUAGUUCAUUGUGUAACAUUAAUAAUUAUUUAAUUAUUGUUAUCAGAAUUAAUCAAAUACAUAAGGUAUGGACAUAUUUCUUUGUGUGACUACAACCUCCUUUAAUAUACUGAACAAAAAUAUAAACGCAACAUGAAAUAAUUUCAACGAUUUUACUGAGUUACAGGUCAUAUAAGCAAAUUAGUCAAUUGAAAUAAACUAAUUUGGCCCUAAUCUAUGGAUUUCACAUGACUGGGCAGGAGCGCAGCCAUGGGUGGGCCUGGGAAGGCAUAGGCCCACCCACUGAGGAGCCAGGCCCAGCCAAUCAGAAUUAGCUUUUCCCCACAAGAGGACUUUAUUACAGACAGAAAUACUCCUCAGUUUCAUUAGCUGUCUGGGUGGCUGGUCUCAGAUGAUCCCGCAGGUGAAAAAGCCGGAUGUGGAGGUCCUGGACUGGCGUGGUUACACGUAGUCUGUGGUUGUGAGGCCGGUUGGACGUAUGACCAAAUUCUCUAAAAAUGACAUUGGAGGCGGCUUAUGGUUGAGAAAUGAACAUUGAAUUCUCUGGCAACAGCUCUGGGGGACAUUCCUGCAGUCAGCAUGCCAAUUGCACGCUCCCUCAAAACUUGAGACAUCUGUGGUUUGUGUUGUGUGACAAAGCUGCACAUUUUAGAGUGGCCUUUUAUUGUCCCCAGCACAAGGUGCACCUGCGUAAUGGUCAUGCUGUUUAAUUCUUGAUAUGCCACACCUGUUAGGUGGAAGGAUUAUCUUGGCAAAGGAAAAAUGCUCACUAACAGGGAUGGAAACAAAUUUGUGCACAAAAGUUGAGAGACAUUUUUGUGCAUAUGGAACAUUUCAGGGAUCUUUUAUUCCAGCUCAUGAAACAUGAGACCAACACUUUACAUGUUGCGUUUAUAUUUUUGUUCAGGAUUGAUAACCUCAUUAAAUGUGUGAAAGUGACAUUCUAUAAACUGUAUGCUGUUUCCCAUAGAGUAACCAUUACGAUGAAAUUCCAGAUCUCCAUAAGACGUUCGGCUCAUUCCCAGAAGGCUUUGUGUCCUACUUCACCUCCCGCUUCCCCCACCUGCUGCUGCACACCUACCGGGCCAUGCUCACCUGUGCUGAGGAGAUGGCCUUCCAGAAAUACUACCCCAAGUUGAGAGAGGCGUGGAUGGUCUAUGACACACAGACAGCCUAA